AAAUGGGGAAAACCACAAGGGUCUUCAUGCAUCGUGUCACUAAUACCAUCAGACAGUGGAGUGUACUGGUGUGAGUCUGGGUCUGGAAAACACAGCAACGCUGUCAACAUCACAGUACAUGCUGGAGCUGUGAUCCUGGAGAGCCCUGCCCUUCCUGUGACUGAGGGAGAUUCUGUGACUCUGCGCUGCAGAUAUCAGGUAACUCUCUCUAACCUCACAGCUGAUUUCUACAAAGAUGGAAUCCUCAUCAGGAAUGUGACUACAGGAGAGAUGACCAUCCCUGCAGUUUCCAAGUCAGAUGAAGGACUCUACAAGUGUAACAACUCUGAAGGAGAAUCACCAGAGAGCUGGAUGACUGUGACAGUUCCAACUCCCAUUCCAUCUCCAGCAGUCCCAGUGUUGUCCAUGUCUCUACCCAGGCUGCUGUGUAGUCUACUGGUGGGGUCUCCCUACCUGCUGGUGACCAUCAUACUGCUGGUGAAAGGCUGCAGGAGCAGUGCUCAAGACUUACAACCGACUGAUUGCAGCCCUACCACAGAAAUGGAGGAGACAAGAGGAAGAGGGAGAAGGUGAUCGUGUUGAAGAAGAGUGAGGCUGAGAUCACCUGAUCACCAUAACAACCAUCAGAAUGGAACUCAUGGAAUUCUAAUAUAGAACUGUGAGUCACAAUGCUGUAUGUUGUUACAUUGUAGCUCCACCUGCUGGAACAAUAGUGGCAUUUGAUCAAAUGUGAUCUAUUAACUGAUACAUGUAUUAUUCUGAUUGGAAUGUGUUUUAAUAUCAUGUGUGUUGUAUUAUUCAUUCAGCAGCUGUCCUUUAACAUCAGUCAUAUACUGGUCAUAUACUCUAUAGCCUUAUGGUUGAUACAUUGUAAAUGCCUUAACUUUUCAGGUCUAUACAGAUCAACUGAUAGGUGUUGAGGUUCAGGCAUUAUUGUUACAGGUUCAGUAUAAUGUUAUACCGUUACAUGUUACAGAGAUAGAAAACAUACAGGAGAGGAGAAUUCAAUUAUUACAAUUAUUUACUUUAUUUUGUUUAAACAUGACUAAUGUAGGCUUUUGUUUUAUAGUGCAAAAUCAUUAUUUUUCAAUGAAUAAUCCUGGUAAGAUAUUGCUUUUGUCUUUGUAGCAUAUAGAAUUAAAAAAAUGAUUUUCCUCAA